AUGUAUCUCGAGCCUUUCAUGCAUCAAGUUGGUGGGCACUCAUCUAUGAUGUGCUUGGAUAAUUUCACUGUCUGUAAGCCUCUUAUUGAGAGGGAAUUACGCUUCUAUGAAUCACUGCCAGAUGUGAUGAGGCCCUUCACAGCAGAAUGCAAGGGAGUCACAGAAGUUGAUUGUAGGGAAGAUGAGAAGGGAUACAUUGCUCUCACAGCUGUCCCUCGAAAUGAGAGUCAAGCAAUCACUAGUCUCAAGAACAAUGCCUCACAGAAGCGCUACUCAUAUUAA